UAGAUGAAAUGCCUUAGUGCAGCCCUGACUCCCAGAAACAUGAUCAGAAAUUUACUUCGCAGGCACUAAAGUAAUUUAAAAAGUAAGCUACUGGGAGAUGUACAUUCUAUUAGUCAACAUUAAAUUGUUGUUAAUCUAGUACUGUGCAGUGCAACGAGAACUAUUUGGACUUCUAACCAUGAUGUAGAAGAGAAUGUUGUCCAAUUUGACCAUUUCCCUGAAGACCAUGUUGAUGAAGAUUGCCUUUGGCUUCUUUGUGGCCAUUUCUAGUACUCACCAGACUUUUACUGAAAAAGUCCAUGAUGGAUCUUUGAAUAAACAGUUGGAAAAAUGCCCCCCAAUGCUGGUAAAAGAAAGAGUACAACGUGCUGCAGGCUGUGACCUGGUCUUCAUAACACCAGACAGAACUGACCAUUUUUUGCUGCCAUCGACCUAUACUGCGGCCAAUCUGGAUGCCUGUUUGAACAAUAGUGUCCUGGCUGCAAACCUGACUGAACUGGGAAAUUUAGCCUUUAACAAAGAUCAGCUAUUUGUUAUUAAAAGAAAACUGGGAGAGAUAUACCCCAGAGGACUUCCUCAAGAAGAGAUUAAGAAGUUGGGAAUAAUCCUUACCGUGUACACCAAUGAUGAUAUCAGCCAGUGGAACAUAACAGAUCCUGAUGUACUUGCAGAAGCAGUACAGAACACUGGAAGUGCUGUAAUGACUAUUGCAUUGCAGUCACACUAUCUGAAAGGACUUGGGGUAUUAGAUGCAACUGCAUUAAAUGUAAUUGAUGGCCCAAUGCUGUGUACAGCCAGUGAAGAGAAACUAGAAACCAUUUCUCGCACUGAGCUCAGGAAAGUGAAGCCAAUUGAUAUUUCUGCAUGUUCUCAGGCAAAGAAAGAAAUAAUUUUUGGGAUUGCUAAACAUGCAUUCCAGCAUCACACUGCUAACCGGCAAACCUAUUAUAACUUGAUCAAACCGUACCUUGACGGUGCUACAGCAGCUGACCUGCGGAUUUUAGCUAUCAGCAGGAUCAACAUGGACUAUGAAACAUUCGAGAGACUCAAUCCAGCUGAAGUAGAAAAACUCUCUGCUCAGAGACUGCGUGGGCUUCUUGGUAUAAACCUUAAUUAUCUGAAAGAAAAUGAAAGCCAAGAAAUAGUGCAGCGUUGGGUUGACUCACACACAGCGGCUGAGGUUAUGAGUCUGGGCAUUGGACUUCGAAAAGGAGAAUCUUCAGCAGAACUGGGAACCUUUCCCUUUCAGGAUUUGCUGAUACCAGAUUAUGCACUAAAUAAUUUAGCUUCAGUCAAGAACAACAAUCUUUUGUCUUUCACUUACAUUGCUGUGAUGGGAAUCAUAUUGCAGUAUGUAUGAUAACUGGGAUUCAGCCUGCCUAUGCUGUCUGGCAUGUUAAAUGGAAAAUACCAGAACCUCUGGCAUCAAGAAUCUAGAGAGGGAUAUGCAUACAAGGUGGAUUCUGUUUGUAACAACCCACUCUGGGCUAGCUUUGACAUUUUCUAGACAAAUCCAUGGCUGGGUACAAAUACAGGUAACAGCUUUGGGUUGUCACUGGAAAUAUAGCGAACUUCCUUAGAUGUGCUCCUGAUCUGCAGCUAUAAUCUUACUGAAGUGGUGUGGGAACACCACUUUGGGAUGAGCUCCAGGGAAAUUCUCAGCUUGCAUCUUAUUUGUUUAUAUGGUCCGUCAGUAAAAUUUCAAGCAAGGUCCAUCCAGGGCCUGAGGCGUACUCAGGCCUAACCCCUGUCACUGCCUUUCCCCCUACAAUGUAUUGCUUAUCAUUAAAACUUGGUCAGUAUUUACGUAAGAUCUCCUUUCCUCUCUUUAGAGUCAUGGGGUGGGAUCUGGGCUUCUUUCCUUUGCAUGGUGUUUGUAGUGAAAACACAAAUGUGUAUGUAAAAAUAGCAUAAUCUCAUUAUAAACAUUGAAUAAAAGUGACUGAAGAACCAA